ACAGGCACGAGACAUCCGCGAAGAUGAUAUUCAGAGACCACAAAUUCAAAGCCACCUGAACUGCGCCAACCGGGAGCAGCACUGCUACACGGCAACAUCUGCAAUCAGCUACAAAUUUGAGAUCUGGUGGACAUCGCAACGUGCCUAUCUGAGGUACACCUUCACGCCGAUCAAUGACCCGACACUGAACAAACCUUGAUACUCCACCGACCAUUCCUACCUGACCUGUCGCGUUGCAGUCACCAGCAUCUCAACAUGUUCUUCGUACACCAGCUUGAGCGCGAACUUUUCUUGCACCCGAGCUUCUUCGAUGCGCACGCACAACAGAACAUCCGGGACAAGUUGCACAUGGACAUGGAGGGCAAGAUCAUUGGCGAGAUGAUGGUGGUCACAAUCAUUGAGAUCGAUGAAAUAAGUGAACCGAAGCUGGUUCCCGGCACAGGCAUGGCGCGUUAUGAUGUCAGCUAUCGUGCCAUCGUCUGGCGGCCAUUCAAAGGCGAGGUCGUGGAUGGCAUGGUCAGCAGCGUGCUUGCGAAUGGUUUCUUCGUGGACGUGGGUGGACUGAACGUAUUUGUGAGCAAAGCGAUGAUUCCGCCUGCAUUGAAGUACAGCGCAGAAGGCUCGACGCCUGCAUUCACGGAUCACGCUGAGCAGAUCGUCGAGCGCGGAGCUCAGGUGCGAUUACGAAUCAAAGGCAUUCGGGGUGAGAUUGGUUCCAUGUACGCGAUCGGAACCAUCUACGAGGAUUACCUAGGUCCACUCCUGCAAUCACCAUGAGUUUCAAACUGCUCGAUGUAUGCAGGUAACUUACAUUGCCCAGGCUGCAGACCAGGCUGAUGUGUGAACCAUGUGAAAUUAUGAUGUUUAGAGCGAGGCGUUGGGGCUCCAAAAUUGAAUUUGCAAACGUGAUAGACUUACGAGGAUACCCUGUUUAGAGAAACUAGAUGCCUGGCUGAUCAGAUUCACGCCAAUGUCCGUCUUAAUGCCAUGAAUGCUCAAUUCACGGUCACGGAUCUAGCGAAUGGAAAUUAAUGGCACUCUCGAAAGCAUGGCAAAACCAUACCAUUCGCAUGAUUGAUCGAUUGACUGGAAUUCAGAAUGCAAGUGCAAAAGUGACAGUGACAAACUUGCUCGUUGUAUUGAAUAUCUG